CUCUCGGCAGCGGCAGUUGUCAUGGAGAUUGACUUGGGCCCGGCGUCGUCUCCUGGUACCGUUGCCAUGGGGACUCGGGUCCGGAAUUCGCUUUCCGCGGUCGAGGAGGAUGAGGGCGAGGAGACGCACCGACACCGCAGCAAACACCGCGGAAACUUCUCCAUGCUCAUAGUGAUCGGGGACAUUGGCACCGACCACCAGCUGCAGAUCGCCAAACAGCACAUUGAGCGCGGGAUCCGCUCCUGGAACAUUAGCCUGGAAGAAUGUGAUUUGGACCAACAGCUUCAGCUCUUCAUAUUUAGACACUCCGCCCAGUUUUCUGCAGAGGUCAAAGGGCAAAGGACUCUACACCACAGAAGUGAUGUACUUGAAACAGUUGUUUUAGUGAAUCCAUCAGAAGAUACAGUACUUUCCGAGAUCCAGUCUCUUGUGUCCAACCCAGCUGUGCACAAACUACUGGUCCUGAGUGGGCAGAACUCGGACCAAGGUGACCUGGUUCUUCAAACUGGGGUGUUUACUCAUCAAGCUGUUUCACGUGUCUUGGCUGAUCCUGGGGUUGUUAGCCAGCUGGAAAAAGCUGUCGCAGGGCAGCAGGCAACUCUCACUGUGUCCUGCCGAGCUGAGGCAGGUUGGACAUCACUGGGACAGCAUUUGAGGGAGGUUAUGGACUUCAAAUUGAAUCCAGAGCCCAUACUCCCCAAAAUGGAAGGUGUCACAGAGUUCACAGAAUACGUUUCUGAGACUGUAGAUGUCCCAUCCCCAUUUGAUUUGCUUGAGCCACCCACAUCUGGAGGAUUCCUUAAGCUAUCCAAGCCUUGCUGUUACAUCUUCCCUGGUGGUAGAGGUGACUCUGCUCUGUUUGCAGUCAAUGGCUUCAAUAUUCUGAUUGACGGUGGCUCUGAGAGAAGGUCAUGCUUCUGGAAGCUAGUGAGACACUUGGAUCGUAUUGAUUCCAUUCUUCUCACCCACAUUGGUGCUGACAACCUCCCUGGUAUAAAUGGACUGCUUCAACGGAAGAUAGCAGAGCAAGAGGAAGAGCAAUCACAAGGCUCAACUACCUAUAGUGACUGGAUGAAGAACCUCAUCUCACCAGAGCUUGGAGUUGUGUUUUUCAAUGUACCAGAGAAGUUGCGUACAUCUGAAUCAAACUUAAAAGUCAAGAGAAGUAUUGAAGAGGCAUCUCUAACAUUGCAGUACCUUGACAAGCUUGGAAUGACACCUGAACCUCUCUUCAGAGUAGUUAGUAAUACAAUUGAACCUAUCACUCUUUUUCACAAGAUGGGUGUGGGCAGGUUAGAAAUGUUUGUCCUAAAUCCUGUGAAAGACAGUAAGGAAAUGCAGUUUCUUAUGCAGAAAUGGGCUGGUAACAGCAAAGCAAAAACGGGGAUUGUUCUGCCCAAUGGAAAGGAAGGAGAAAUAUCUGUGCCAUACUUAACAUCCAUUACAGCUCUUGUGGUAUGGCUUCCUGCCAGCCCAACAGAGAAGAUUGUUAGAGUUCUGUUCCCUGGCAAUGCUCCACAGAACAAAAUUCUUGAGGGGCUUGAAAAGCUAAAACAUCUGGACUUUUUGCGAUAUCCAGUGGCUACACAAAAGGACAUUGCUUCAGGGGUCUCACCCUCUGUUAUAAAACAGCCCAAAUUAAAGCAAAGGGCUGAAAGCAAAGAAAGUCUUAAGUCAUCUCCCAAAACACACACACCUACCAAGAUUGUAAAGAAGGAAGCUGAAGAAGAAGACACAUCUAUUGUUGAGACAAAGACUGAAACUGUCAAGGAGAUCAAAACUGAGAAGAAAGAGGAGAAAAAACACACCAGACCAUUAAAACCAAAGACCGAGGUAACAGAAAAGAAAAAGUUAUUAAAGGAGAAAUCGAUUAAAAAAUACACCAAAGAAAGAGCAACAAAAAUGGAUGAGAAAAAGGACAAGGAAAAGAAAGAAAUCAAGAAAGAUAAACAUGAGCUAAAAAAAGAUGACUCUGUGAAAAAAGAUGAGAAAAAAAUGAAGAGCAAAGACGUUUCAAAACCAGAACUGAGGAAAAUAACCAAACCUGAUCUAAAACCCUUCACACCAGAAGUCAGAAAGACUCUUCACAAGGCAAAAACUCAAGGGAAACCCAAAACAAUUAAGAGCAAGACUACUAAGGUAGAGCCUAUUGCAGAACCAGUUUCCAAGGAAGCUGAGUCUAAAACUCAAGAGAGUGAGGCUGAGGUUAAAUCUGUUCCCUCAACUCCAGAAGAUCUGACAAAAGACUUUGAGGAGCUCAGAGAAAAUGGCAUUCAUAUAGAUCACGACCAUGCACCUGAAAAAGAAUUGGUAGAAGAAGAACAUGGACCAAUUGCUGACACUACUGCUGAGACAGAGGAGGUCAUUGAUUCUCAGACUGCAAGAGAACUGCAGGAACCCUGCACUCAAGAUAAGGAUGAAGCACUAGCAACAACAGUGAUCAAAGGAGAACCCGAGAAAUCUGCAGAUGAGUGCCAGGUAGAAGAGGGUGAUAAAUUUGAAGAUGAAGGGACUGCUAUAGAGGAUGAAGAGGAGGAAGAGGAAGAAGUGUUGACAACUGAGAAGAAGACAGUAGAAGAGGAAGAAGAUAUGGGAUUAGGGGAUGAAGAAGAUGAAGCGAUGGUAAAGGAUGCUAAAGAUAUGGAGGGAUUUGACAGAAAACAUGAAGUUGAGGAAAUGGAAAAACACAAAAGCAGGGAAGAGCUUACAGAAAUAUCAAAGACGGAAAUUGAGGAAGAGCAAAUUGAAGAUGAAUAUGUCAUUGAAAAAGCAGAGCUGGAAGAAGCAGAAGAUUUGGAUGCCAUUGCAGAUGAAGAAAUCAAAGAUGUUGUUGAUGAAAAAGUUAUAAAGGAAUGGGAGUACAAAGCAGCGGAGGAUACUCAUGCAGCCAAAGAGGAAGACAUUGCAUCUGCAGUUCAAGGAGCUGCUGCAGCAGAGAGUUUAUCCUAUAUUCAAGAUGAGACUAUACCUGGUUACUCAGAAACUGAGCAGACAAUCUCGGACGAAGAGAUCCACGAGGAAGCAGAGGAUAGAAUACACCACCUUCAAUAUGAGGUCAGCACAUAUGAUGUCUCAGUACCAGAUAAACCAGGGUCAUUUGAUGCAAUCCAUGGCAUGAAGGAGAUGCAAGCAUUGGGUGAUGAAACGGCUAAAUCAUUUAUGUGUGUCCAAGAACCUGCUAUUUCUCUGUACACCAGCAUAAUUGCUGCUCCACUGGCAGAGGAGGAACAUGUUUCUUCGGCAACAUCCAUCACUGAGUAUGAAAAAGUGUCCUCUUUGCCCACCUCUGUUACUGAGGAUCAUUCGGUGACAUCUGUCACAGCACCUCAGACUGAAGACACUGGAAAAAGCUCACUAGAUUUGGACACAGUAAACAUUGUACCUCCAAUAACACAAACAGAGGCUACUCAAGGAAAAGACUACUUAUACUCUGCUGGAACCAUCUCUCCAACAUCCUCCCUGGAGGAAGACAAAUGCUUCAAAUCACCUCCAUCAGAGGAAUGUCCACCACUUCCCCUUGAGGGGAAAACAGAAGAACUCGAUACUAUUGUUCACCACGAUGAAGAUGAGGAGGAUGAGUAUGAAGAUCAAACACCAAACGUGGACAUUUCUCUUGGAAAACUACAAGAAGGAUAUGCUGUUUCCCAACAACUGGAAGAGAAAUCCAAAGAAAGUGACAAGCCCAAGAGCCCUGAGCCUGUUGCUUUGGAGUCCACACUAGACAAAAAAACACUGUCCUCUCCUGAACCAGGUGAAAGAACAGUUUCACCAAUUAGAGACGACAUCAUUUCUAAACCAGUAGUUUCAGAUUUAGGUCUUUUUCCAGAGACUGAAGAUCGAUGCUUCAGUCCAGAUGACAGCACUGUGAAAAUGGCCUCUCCUACUCAAUCUGGACCACCUAGUGCCACUCACUCCCCUCUUCGUCUCUCACCAGUGGAAGAUAAAGUCAAGGUGUUCCCUGAACCGUUGCAGCAAGAACAGGAAAAACUAGGUUUCCCCUUAGAGCUUAAAACUGAUAAAAGUGAAAAACAAAGAAUACAUACUGACGAGGCAGAUGAAUACAAAUCAGAGAAAUCAGACACCUUUGCAGUAACUGAUAAAAAAGAAUUACAGAAUCAGGAACAGAAGGAACAGUCUUUGGUGAAAGAGGAGGAUGAAUCUAAGGACACAAAGUUGUCCACCACUGUAACAGCUCCACAGACAGCAAAGGAGGAGAUUUCUUCACUGAAAAUGGAAGAUUUAGCAGCAGAUCGUGAUGUAAUCAAAGGAGACGCAAAGGCAAGUGGAGAUGGUGAGGAUAAAUAUCACGCCUUUUUCCAAGAUAAAACCGCAGAAGAAGGAGAAAGUGUGUCUCUUGAUAUUCGUAAUCAAAUGAUUGAAACACUUAAAGAUGAGAAAAAAGAAAAAGAAAAGGAGCUUUAUGAAGAUGAAAAAGAAAAGGAGGAGAAACAAGAAGAUUAUAAGCAAAUAUCUCUCCCAGAAAUAGAAAAAGACACAGAUGUAUCAGUAUUAGAAUCAAAAGAAAAACAGAUAGAACAGCAGCAAUCUAUAAUAUCAGGAUCAGAGAAAAUAGGUCUGCUUCCUAAAGAGGAUGAGGUGUCUCACAAAGUGUGUGACAAGACAGUAAGCGACACUAAACAAGAUAAAGAAUCUAAAGAUAAAGCUAAGCAUGAUAUGGAACUUCAGUCUCAAGUUAUAGAGUCAAAACCAGAAAUGUCUGACUUCCCUAUCAAACUGGAAAGUGAAACGAAAGAGACGGAUGUGAUCAAUGAACAAGCUAAAGACUUACAAGUAUUAUCACAUACACCAGUUGAAAAAUUGGAUGAAUCUUUUCCACAAGAUGAAAAUAAGGAGCAAACUAAUGGUGUAUUGAUAGCAUCAGAAAAAAUGGAUAAAUUAGAUGAGAUAAAGGACAAAAAAUUAGAAGGUACUGAAACUGUACUACUGCAAUCCACUUUAAAAGAUGUUGAACUAUGUAAAGAAACAGAGAAAGCAUCAAAGACGCAACAUUUAACUUUGGAAACAGCAGACAUAACCUCUAAAGGAGGUGUGGAUGAGAGUCAUUCCCAGACUCCCAUCGAGUCAUCAUUUCUAGAAGACAAAACAAAACUGGAAGAAGAAUGCAAAGAAAAGACCAAGGAAGACUUGAGCUCUGAAAUACAGCAUCCAGACUCAUUGAAACAUGUUUCUCCAAUAACAGAUAAACAUGUAGUGGAGACUGAGACAAUUAUAGGAGUAAAAGAUACAAUAGUAGUAUCAAAACAAGUUCAAGAAUCUAAAGAAGACCAAGUAGAACAAAUACGUACUCUGGAUGAUACACAGUUUUCACACAAAAGUAAGGAGGACGCUACAGAGAAACCUGUGGAUGAGAAAAUGGAAGCUAAAGAUGAACAUAUAACAGACAGACAGCCUGAAGACUUCCAGGUACCCUUAGAGGAAAAACCCUUAGUGGUGAAAGAGGACCAACUGUCUAAACAUAAGGAGGAAUUAGGGACGCAGCUUAAAUCUGACAUAACAUGCAAACAUGAAGAAUCCUCAGAGAAACACGAAGAGGAAUCACAAACUAUAGCAAAUCUUAGUUCAGAACAGACAGUAAUACUUCCCAAAGCAGACAAAUCAGAUCAAUCUAAAGAUGAAAAACUAAGCGUAUCUGAAGCAGCAACUGAUAAAGAUAAGACCAAGGAAGAUAUUACACUAACAGAAUCAGUCACAAGAAAAGAUGAUGUUUCCCCAAAAGCUGAUCACGAGCCCAAGGAUAAAGGUACAGAAGAUUCCAAGUCCAAAGCUUUUGAACUUAUUUCUGAGAAAAAUGAUUUAUCAGACAAAGAAGAUCAGUACUCUAAAGAAAAACAAGAGAUUCAAAUAGAAGAAGUUCAUAUACCAACGCCCACUUCAGAAAGAACCUGUGUAACUGACAAAGAUCAAGACAAAGAUCAAGAAACUAAAGAGAUACACACAGAAGACAGCAAAACAAAAACUUGUGAAUCAUCUUCUCAAAGGACAGUCUCUCCAAAACCUGAAUUGGAAUCCAAAGAAAGUCCCAUCACAUCAUUAUCUGAGAACAUUUCUUUAUAUGGAUCAGAUAAAAUAAUGGAUUCAAAACAUGAUUUACCAAUUAGAGAAGAAAUAACCUGCAAACCAGAUAGCUCCAAACCUGUGAUCCCAGCACCACUUUAUCAAGAGCCCGAGAAAUCAACUGUAGAAGGAGCCAAACGAAUUUCUGUGUCAAGCUCAGAGACAGAAGAUUUGGAAGAUCAGACAGAUCUUAUAUACAGAGCACAACAGUACAGAGAUGACCAACACCUGUCAAUGUUUGAAACGGAGACCUUCAUGUCAGUUUCAGAGAAAACAGACAUUGGUGCUAAGCUGAAUUUAGAGUAUAAAGAAAAGUGUCUUGAAGACAUUAAAACUGGAGCUUUAUUUUUAGCAAUGGAAACUACAGAGAGUAGCAUAAAAACAUUAGGUUCUGAAUUUCCAACCAAGUACUCAGAUAAUGAAGAAAGUACUGAAGAAGAUGAAGGCGAUGCUGUCUGCAUGGGGGGUGCAGGUUCAAGACCAUUGUCAGUAGAACCACGGGUCUUAGAGGAAAAAAAGGAAUGUUUUACCGAACAAAUCCCAUCUACAGCAGACACAAUAAAAGAUGAAUUGGCAACAAAGAUAGAUGACAAAAAUGUAUUAAAGGAUUUAAAUAAGAUUUCACCAGAGUUAGAAAAAGAGAGCAAGGAGCCCAAGACCACAUCUAUUUUGAUAUCUCCUUCAGAACAUACUAUGGCAUCAACACUCAUACAAUCCACUCCUGCGUCCAGUGAGGCAAGUGUUGAGGAGUUCGAAAAACCUGAAACACUGGCUUACUCAACAGACAUUUGUAAACCUGAGAAGGAAGUGCAGAGAGAGAUGGAAAGAGAGCGAGAGAUUGUCUCUCCAGUAUUAGAAACAUCCUUGUCAUGUUUUAACAAAGUGGACAGUCUUGAAAAGACUGCUGAUGAUAAGAUAAAAACAGAAAAAGAGAAAAUGGAUGACAGCAGCACCUACCAACCAGAAAAAUUGAGCUAUGAAGCUUCUAAAUAUGAGCCAUAUGAAAAACCAGUCUCAGAGGAUCUUGAGAAGGAUAAAGAGGACAAAGACAAAUUUACUAAAACGAACCUUGACAUAAAUGUAGGUGACACUAGAAGGGCUAGCCAGGCAUCUCUGCAGGGAGCUGCAUGCCAAAUAGAUGAACAAAGUGAUGAGGAACCAGUAUCAUUCAGCAAGGUUGACUAUGAUAUGUCUUUCUCAGAGAUGAAGACUAGUGUCCUUACUGGACCUAGUACCUGCUUUGAGCAAGAUAAUAAGGUGAGUUACCAAGAAGAAGAAGAUGUGGACAAGAGUUCUGACAGCAAAACCACCCCUGUAGCUGCAUCAAGUUCUUUUUCUUCCAGAGAAGUUCAAGACAAAUCAGAGAAAUUAGAAAGAGAAGAGAAAGAGAAAGAGAAGAAACCUGCCAAAGAGGACACAAGUUCUUGCUGUAGAGUAGAAGAAAAAGACCCUUGCUCUGAAUUGUCAUCAACAUUACCUUGUCCCUCGGCCUAUAGUCUGCCACAACCUGAAAAGUUAGACACUUGCUUAGAAAAGGAUGUAAAGAUAGAAGACACAAUGGCUAUGACAACACUUCAAGCUGAGACUCAUGUAGAUGUUAUGACUUUCAAACCUGGGCAGGUUUCAGAAGUUCAGACAAGUGUAGAGUCCACAAUACAGUCAACCUCGUAUCAGACUGAGAACAUACCAGAGAGUCAGAUAAAUGCAGAUAAGAUGGACAUAAAGACAGCAAAGCAAAUGGAUGAAGAUUCAUCAGACAGCAAACAAGACCAAAUUUCUUCUAGUAUAUAUACACCACCAGAGAACACUAUGCUCUCUGGUCAGUCAGCUACUGUUGGUGUAAGCAGCCAUGUUUCUGAUUCAUCUCCUGACGAGCAACACGCCAAUGUCCUUGCAUCAGAGUGCACAAGUAUUGCAAGUUCUCUGACCAGCAAAACACAGCUGGCGAGUGGUGAGACAGAAACAUAUCCAGUCAAAAGUGAACAAUUUCUUGCAGAAAAAGUAGAAGAUACAGAAGAGGAAGUUGAAGAAGAUGAGGCCAGUGAUUUGGGUAUGGAAAAAGGUGCCAGAGAGAUGUCUGAGAAAGAAUCCAAAGCUUCUUAUGAUGCGGUGGAUUCUAAAUCAAGUUUUGAAGAAUACUCUUUAAAUAAAAACCAGAAGGAGGAUGUUGUAUCAGUAGCUUCAAUAGAUCCUUUACAGGGAAAGACAGCUGAAUCACUCGUUAAAAUUUUGGGGGAGACAGUUACAACAGCUCUCACACAUGAAGUAGGAAUCACAGACAUUGAGCAGUCAAAGGAAAAGGAGAGCAGUGUUUCACAUCCUGAUCUAAGCAAGGCUAGUGAGCCUAAGCAAGAAUGUGAGUUAGAGAAGACCUCUGAUAAAAAAAUCGAGGGAGCAGGUGCUCAAACUGUUAUGUUAGAAACAACUCAGUCUUCGUCCUCUUCAUCCUACAGUUAUUCCUCUUCAACUUCUGCUUCAUAUUCUACAGGACUACACUUUGGUGAGGGACUUUCAGAGACCCCUAUUACUAUCCCCAGUGCUCAUUUGAGGACUGAUGCUGAUAGUCUAUCAUACGAGUACUCUUCAUUCAAAGAAGAGGAAUCGCUUGCAAUAGAUUCAUCCUAUUUAAGCUCUGGUGUACAGUCAAGAGAUGAAGCCAUGGACGUUUCUGAAAAGCUCAUAUCCGCAACAGCUGAGUCUGUAUCCAGUCUUGCAAGGUUUUCUCCACUCAGUCCAUUAGAGGAGACUAAGUCUUUCCUUCAAGACCAGGUAUCAUCAGCAGAGGAAAAGUCAGAGGAAGAAUUAGCAAGUAUUAGAUCAGACAAAGAUAAGCCUUCUGACCAAAAAGAUGUGUUAGCAAGUGACCCGCAGUGCUCAAAAGCACUGCAGCAGCUUGAAGUAGUUUCUGCUUCACCAGCCAUGUUUGAUAUUGCUCCACUAAAGAAAGCUGAUUCAUCAGGAAAAUACUCCCACGAAGAAUCCUCUGACAUUGAACAUGAAGAAGGGACUUUACCGUGUAGAAUUGAAUGUGACCGAGCAUCCCAUGAGCAGAAAGGCAUCACAGAGCCUGGAAAACAUGCUGAUGUCACCUCAAUCAUGCACUCUGCUCAGUCUAAUUUGGAGACACAAUCACCACAUUUGUCCGUAGAACAGUCAUCCAAUGGGCCAACGGAAGUUUGCACCGACUCCCAUGUAGAUUCAAGUAAAGUAAGUGAAGUUGACACCAUGUGCCUACCAGAGCCAAAGCAGGCAGAGGUGGAAAAAAAGAAAGAAGAGAAGAAAGAUCAUGUAAAGGAUCAUGACUUAGCUUGCGCUCCAAAGGAAUCAGAAGAUCAAGCAGAUCAGCAGAAGGAGAAAAAAGAAGAUUUGAAAGUAGAGGAGACAGUCCCAGGAAAAGAGAAGAUGGGUGUGGAGAAAGAGAGAAAAGAAGAUGAGCAGAGUAAGAUGGAAUUUAAAGAUAAAUCUCAAGAAAAUAAAGAGAGUGAAAUGGGUGAUUUCAUGAAAGAAGUAAAAGAUGAGUGCAAAGAGAAAGAACAGUUGGAAAAGGUCAAAGAAGACGUUGACUGCAAGGCUGAGGAGAGAAAGCAACCAGUGAAGGUAGACUUACCAGAAAAAGAUACUAAGAAAACAGAUGGAGAUGAGUCAAUUAAAAAAAGCACCUCAGUCUCUGAGAUGACUCAGGAGUCUACUUCAUGUUCAACUACUAUGCCUGACAGUACAGAGGAUAUGUCUAAACAUCAGCAAGAUGAGAAAGAAAAGAAAGAAAAGCUGGAAUAUGACAUAAAAGAGCAGAAAGAUCUAAUUGUAUCUCAUUCAAGUGAACAACAUUCUAAGCUGUCUAAAGAAUUAAAGGAAGAUUAUACCCGACCUUCUGAACUCAGCAUGGAUGCCAGCUCCUCGUACUCACCUUCACUAUACAAACAUCACAAAGGAGAACUUUCACCAUCAUUCAUUAAUCCAAGCCCACAUCACUUAUCAAGUGAGGAGGAAGAAGAGGAAGUAAAAAGCGAUUGCUCGAAGGAAGAUGAUUUUGACGAUGAACGUGAACAACAUUCUGUUAAAAGGAGAUCACACAAACAACAGCGCCAUCAUUCUCAUAGUCACCAUGGAGACAGCAAGGAAGCAAUCCAUGCUCCUGCUAGUGGUGUGGCAAGUGGACAUGGAGUAUCACUUGCAGGAGAAGAAACCCCUCCAACCUCUCUGAGUGAGUCUCUUCCUUCUCAGUCUGACUCAGAUGUACCACCCGAGACAGAGGAGUGUCCAUCCAUCACAGCCGAAGGAAACCUUGACUCCGAUGAGGAUGCAGAGCAUUUACCAGUGGACAAGAUGUCAGCUACUAGUGGAAGUGGAGGUGGUCUCCACUCAUCGUCUCCAAGAACCCAUGAUCCUCCACCUGCCCCAAUGAAAGACCCUGUCCCACAACCCCCCAAACCCGAUGUGUGCAUGGUAGACCCAGAAGCUGUUUUAAAUGGGCAAAGCCACACAGAGAAACCUAUGAAGAAAGAUCUUAAAACCAACAAAGGGUUGAGGAAAACUCUAGGGAAGCAAAAGUCUUCAUCUCCUGCACGUAAAGGUGAUGGAAGGAGCAGGAGGUCCACAACACCCGUAAAACAAGCAUCCAAGGACUCCUCGCCUCAUGCCUCUUCUAUAAAAAGGUUAGAUUCUGAGAAGACUCUUCGUGUGUCUCGAAUGUCUGAGACACAGGGUUCUAAGGGAGACAACUAUCCAGGAAAAGGGCUCGUCAAUGGUGUAAAGAGCAAUACAGGUUCGAACCAGAAGUCCACCUCUGGAGCUACCCCUGGAACACCUUUCUAUGUUGAUCUUGCCUACAUUCCAAAUCACUGCAGUGCUAAAAAUGUAGAUCAAGAAUUUUUCAAACGAGUGCGUGCUGCUUACUAUGUAGUGAGUGGAAAUGAUCCAGGCAGUGGGGAACCAAGUCGUGGAGUGCUGGAUGCACUGCUUGAAGGCAAAGCACAGUGGGGAACCAAUCUGCAGGUGACGCUGAUCCCUACCCAUGACACGGAGGUGACUCGUGACUGGUACCAGCAGACUCACAAGAAGCAACAAGAUCUGAACAUAAUGGUCUUGGCCAGUAGCAGCACAGUCGUUAUGCAAGAUGAGUCUUUCCCUGCCUGCAAAAUAGAAUUUUAGGCAUGCUUUACAUUUAGGGACACACAAUUUCCUCAUUAUUAAUUAAGACUAAUUAGGACAGUGUAUUCCUUACCAUCCACAGCAUUACAUCCUACUUACUGCCAUUUAUAGUUUGUAUCUUAGCCUGCAACAGAAGCAGAUCCUUGUGCUCCAAGGCCUUACUAAUAAGGUUUGGUUUAGAAUCCUGAUUUAUGUUCUGUGCUCUUUCAUUGGGUUUGAAAACCUAGGCAAAUACUGUGAGGUUAACGUUUGUCAUGGCAAACAUCUUCAGUUUGUUGUAUAUUCAGUUUAUUCCCAUAUUCCCAAUUAUAAUCUUUUACAGACAUGCUAACACUCAGAUGCCCUAAAUACGAAUUUAAAGCACAAAUUGGCCUUUGCAGUUUAUUACUAUGAAACAUCAACCCACUUGUUUCUUCAUUAUCAAAGUUAACAUGCUUUGUUACACAUUUAUUGUAACAUUAAUCUGGAAUGAAUAUAGGAUCCCGUAGAAGAUAUUUGUCAGCAGAAAUCAAAUCGUUUCAGACAACAAAACUAAGAAAAGGUCUGAGUAAGGUUUUAAAGAAGUGUAUAUACAGUACAGUAGAGCUUUCAGUAUCAAAGACUUAAAUCGUGCUAUGCUAAAAAGCCACAUACUCCAUACAUACCAGCAAAAACAAGCUAGCAGCCAGCCAAUAAACAAGCAAACAAAAAUGUCAACCAUUUGCAAGUGCCAAAUUAAAAUUCUAUAGUACCACAGCUAUUUGUGAACAGGGGGUUGUAGAUGUAUUAUGUACAUGACUUUAUGGCUUGGCACUGUAGAUGAGCAGCGGCUUUGUGGUAUUUGGCUGACUCAUAUAUACCUGUUACGGGUGAUGUAAAAAAAAAAAAGGGAAAGACAUAAAAAAAAUAAAUCUGUUAAGAAUUUAAAUCAGUUAACAGUGUAAAAGGGUUAUACAUUGGUUUAAUGCAUGAUGCUUGUGCAGCUUAGGUUUCUUUUAAGAAGGUGCAGUGUUUAAGGGUUUUGCUUUUAUAAUCAGCAAUUUGUGUAUUCCACAAAUGUACAUAAGAAUUAUACAUUAUUGCCAAUUUCAUCAUUUUCAUGAGCUCAGAAAUGUUUUUCAGUUCAGCAGUAGCUUCAGCACAAUGUUCUGAUUCUGAUCAUCCUUUUAAGGCAAAGGUUACAUAUUAACAUUGGUUUAAAUAGAGGUGGCAGUGAUUUAUGUAGCAGUACAUGUGACUGUGUAAAUGAUGGCUUGUAUAAAAGAAGUGAGCACUGUUUCACGUAUACACUAUUGAAAUGGAGAGCAUGGGCCCCUGUUGUGUGCCUUCUGCUGUAACCAUUUAGACAAAAUAAGGGUUUACAGAAUAAUGCAGAAACACUUUAAAUCACAUGGAAAAUGAACAGUACUUUGAAGCGUUAGCCAGAUUUUGAUGAGGAGGAAUUACAAGUCCUUAGUAGCCUUAUUACCAGAUGUACAGUGACACAUUAUGGACUAUUAUAAAGUAUAUCCCAAUCAAUGCAAAAUUAUAAAUAUUUCAUUAUUUUGCACAGAGAAAGAUUGCAACAUUUUUAAUGUGAAAAAGCCAUUAUAACAAAGGAGUAUGGGUAGAUAGAAUGCAUGUAAAUAUUACUUAAAUAACCUUGGGAUUAUUAGCUUAUUUUAAAUUAAAUAUAAAUAUUUGAGGACGGGGCACUUCUAAUAUUUACUGAAACUUGAAUAUAACAUAGUUGAUUGAAUCUAGUAUGGCAUCUUAAAAUGUAUGAUCAUGUAUAAUCAUGUGGGUCUGUUAUAUGGUUUUAAAGGCCAGUCUGUGUAUAUACAUUCAGUGAGUGAGCUGGAAGUCAUGAAUUGAGUUCAAAUAAUAUAAAAACCCUCGAGCAGCAUAACUAAUUUAAAUUAAUUUAAUUUUACUUAUAUUUAUCUGACAGCUUGAGUAUUACCUUUGUAUUUAGUGUUUUGCUGGGGUGAUAACCAUGUUUAUUUUUUUAAAAACACUAUAGAUAUGUCUCUUCAUCUCUAUGUUAAUGUAGACAUUAAAGUAAAUGCUUAUAGAGUCUUAAUUUUUGAAUUUGUAAAAAAAAAAAAAAAAAAAGCCAACAUUUUAAUUAUAUUUAUUAUUGUGGUAUUUACUAUAUGCAGAACAGACUGAGAUUAGGUCAGGGGCUGUGUAUGAAAGAUAUAAAUCUUAAUUCCUGUAAGAAAUUUUUUGCAGUUUUGUUAUAAGAUUCUACAUCCCUUUUUUUUUUGUGGAACAUUUUAUUGCCAGUGUCUUCAUUCAAAUGAAGCCAAGCAAACAUUACAGCACCUGGGAUCUCAAAAUGAAGAAUUAAAUUCAUGUCUUAAUUGUUUAUUUCAGACAUUUAUAAUAAUUAAUAAUUCAGUAUUAUAGACUGCAGAUGACACUGUAUUUUGUUUUAAUUGGUUAAUGUUUGUAUGGGAAUUUAUUUGGAUUUUUUUUCUAUAAGGUCCAAAGCAAUGAAAUUACCUCUGGUCCUGUUGACCUCAUAAAUGACAUGAGCCUAUAUGACUGAAACUGCUCUCUAAUCCCAACAUAAACGUAUAACUAUACACCAAUGACAAGAUGUAUUUUUGAUAGGUGAACUAUACGAAUGGGAUUCUGUACUGUAUGCUUAUAGAUAUGGAUAUGUUUUAAUAUUUGGCCUUAGGAACAAGUACUGUCUGAUCUCCUUGAUUAUGUAUGAUUGCUGUGCACAGACCACUGUGCAGUGUACUGUAUGCACUAACUUCAUAUUAUUGAAUGUAUAAGUUGCUUUGCUGGAUGUUGCUAGCAAAUAUGCAUAUGGUACAGUGACCUUUGAGUGAAAUGGUGACAAGACUGUGAUAAGUUAAUAUGUAAAACCAUAACUGCAGACUCAUUCAGAUAUUACUGAGUAACGAUGCAUUGUUCUCUCAGUACCUGAAGACUGAAAAUCGUACAAACUACAGGUUUUCUCCUCCUGAAUGACUUGAAUUGUACACGACAAAAUCUAAAGGGAAGAACCUCUCUGCUUACGUACACUUGCAGACACCAAUCAAAAUAGCAAUUGGCUACAAACAUUCUCUUGUGGGACAUUUUCAUUUUGGAGCAUUUUAUCAUGAGUGGAAUUUUACUUUGCAAAAAGCAAGAACAAACUUCAGAUAUAAGGUACCUAUUUUGUUUCAGGUCCAUACUCUAGAGUCCAUUCUCCGAAAUGAAUAGCUUUGUCUGCCCUUACAUCAUGCCAACGCAUCGAUUUCUGCAUGUGAUUUAUUAGUUAUAAUCCUGAAUGUACUUCUUUAAUAACUAAAACAAGAACACUAUUUUAAAAGGUAUAUUUGAACAAGCUAAUUGUCUUAAUAGUACUGAAAUAUGCAUAUUAUCGGGCUUUGCUUCUGUUUGCCCUAAGAUGUUGUUGAGAAGAUGCUGUGAUAGUUCCUGUUUUUUGCUGCUGUAUGUGUCUUAAUUCUGUUCCUCUUUAGUGCAAUAUAACAAAUGAGCUCUUUCAAUUCCAAACACACUUAGAUUUCUGCUUACUGUAAAACGGAACCAUCCUAGUCAUCAUGAAUA